ACUGUGCCAACAGAGAGAGGAAGAGAGAGAGAGAGACACGCACACAGGAGAGAGAGAGAGAGAGACUGAAACCCCAUAAUGCACUGCACGCUGCAGGGCUGAAGUCGUGCAGAUUCAUCAGUUCCUGUUCAGAGGGAUUGUGUGUGAAUGCACACACACCCGUACACCCCAGACGGAGCACGAGUGAAACACACAAGACAACCAGGCAGAGAGAAGUGCCUUCUUUCGGUGACCCCUGUGGCUGUUUGGCUCCACUGAAGCCGCCUCUGCCUCUGUGCCUGUCCAUGUGUGCCGGAGUUGCCAGCCACACCAGGAGCCCCAGGACUGCCAGGACUGCCAACACCGUCCGCUGAGCCUCUCUCCACGCCACUGACACCUCCCUCCUUCCCUCCAUCACCUGCUCUGUCUGCCAGCCAGACCUCGCUCCAUCCAUCCAUCCAUCCAUCCAUCCAUGCCACUCAGUCCUCCUCUGUGGAAGUCACCCCCCUCCUCUGCAGACAGAGCCAGAUACUGAAGACAGACAGCUUUUAUCGUUCUCCUGUGAGCGGAAGGAGAUUGUCUCUUGGCCGUCCUGUCCACUACAGCCUUCUCCUCCUCCUGCUCCUCCUUCUCCUCCUUCAUCCUCUCCUCCAGCCCUGCAUCUUUUCAUCAUGGGCCAGCUCGAUCGAUAAUGUGUUUUGCCAUUCAUCUCAUCUGACAGUUCAGCCGAGGAGCGAGGCGAUAGCCAGAACUGGUGUGUGUGUUUGAGAGAGAGAGAGAGAACGAGAGAGAGAGAGAGAUUACAAAGCAAACCCCUGUGGCCGUCACCAGCCCAGGCCCUGGGUGACAGGUGGUGAAGGAUUCCUAUAACAGCCACAAACAGACUCUUAGGAUGGGCCGCAGGUGGUAGGCGAGUCCCAGGCCUCACAGGCUUCACCUCAGAACCAAAACCCUGGGGACAAAACCUCUUAAAACUACUCUUUUUCCCAUGUCCUUUACCUAUUCUUUCUCAUUAUUUGCCCCAGUGUCAUUAGAAACACAAAGACGCAUAUAUAACUGCAUUCGCUGGAUACCAAUUCCUUUUAUUCGACCCCUCCUGCCUGGUUCCAAAUGGCGGUGAAUAUGUCACAGAUCCGGGACACAAAGUGGCUGACAUUGGAGGUUUGUCGGGAGUUCCAGAGAGGAACGUGUUCGCGGCCGGACAGCGAGUGCAAGUUCGCCCACCCUGCCAAGAGCUGUCAAGUGGAAAACGGCAGAGUCAUUGCUUGUUUUGACUCACUCAAGGGCCGCUGUUCCAGGGAGAACUGUAAGUACCUGCAUCCUCCCCCCCACCUAAAGACCCAGCUGGAGAUCAAUGGGAGGAACAACCUCAUCCAGCAGAAAAACAUGGCCAUGCUGGCUCAACAGAUGCACCUCGCCAACGCCAUGAUGCCCGGCACACAGCUACAGCCAGUGCCCAUGUUUUCAGUCACACCCAGCCUUGCAACCAAUGUCAAUGCUGCUGCGGUAGCAGCCGCUGCGUUUAACCCCUACCUUGGCCCCGUGUCGCCCGGCCUGAUGCCUGCGGACAUGCUGCCCAGUGGCUCCGUACUGGUCACCAGCAACCCCAAUGUCCCCGUACCAGCUGCUGCUGCUGCCGCUGCACAGAAACUCAUGAGGACGGACAGACUGGAGGUGUGUCGGGAAUACCAACGGGGAAACUGCACGCGUGGGGAGAACGACUGCCGCUUCGCCCACCCUUCGGAUAGCACUAUGAUCGACACCAACGACAACACGGUCACUGUGUGUAUGGACUACAUUAAGGGCCGCUGCUCGAGGGAGAAGUGCAAGUACUUUCACCCUCCGGCUCACCUGCAGGCCAAGAUCAAGGCCGCGCAACACCAAGUCAACCAGGCUGCGGCUGCUGCAGCCAUGACUCAGUCGGCUGUCAAAUCGCUGAAGCGACCCUUCGACGCAACUUUUGACCUGGGGCUCUCUCCCGUCUUGCCUCCUUUACCAAAGAGACCUGCACUUGAAAAAGCCAACGGUGCCACCACUAUGUUCAAUGCUGGCAUGUUCCAAUACCAACAGGCCCUGGCCAACAUGCAGUUUCAGCAGCAGGCUGCCUUCAUACCAUCAGGCUCGAUAUUUUGCAUGGCACCUGCAACAAGUGUUGUACCCAUGAUGCACGGUGCUAAUCCGGCCGCUGUGUCUGCAGCCAACACAUCUGCCACAAGUGUUCCCUUUGCAACCGCAACAGCCAAUCAGAUUCCAAUGAUAUCUGCAGACCAUCUGACGAGUCACAAGUAUGUGACCCAGAUGUAGGAGUCUUAAUCAGAACAAUGGAAGCUGGAGCUCGUUGGUGUCGAGUCCAAGAUUAGCGAUCACCCCUCAUGCCUGUAACAUCGAGAGCAAGACGGAGAACCAAAUCCAAAUGGGUUUGGGAUAAAUCUGCAUGUUAACAUAGGAGGCACAGUUUGUUAGGAUCGUUUUCAUGUGAACUUCAUGCACACACUAUUAUACAACAACAACAACAGAAAAAGAACAUCAUUUGCAUUAAAGACUGCCUUUCGCUCUGUGGAGGCAACUUAACCUUUAUUCACCGGACACACUUUGAAUGUUAACAUGAGGUAAACGAGUGGAGCAGUUGUCAUUGACUUGAUUGGUACGUCCAUUGACCAAGAAUCAUGACCUAUGUUGUUUGUUUGUUUAUUGGUUGGUGGUCUUUCACCUAAAUGUGUUCAUUUGUUUACACAGAAUGUGCACCUUGUAUUUCAUUUGAGGUAAAAGAAACGAAUGAUCUGACUGAA